CAUUUUGCUAAACGAACACGAGCGCAGUAUAAGAAAGAAGUUUCAUGUACGCGGUUGCAGAAUGUUAAAAAAAAUUAACAUUUUCUUAAUUUAUUUUUUAUUCCAAUUGUGUUAUUGUGACUGGGUGUCAGAAUGGUUGACACCAAUCCGCGAUCAAUAUAAAGAAUCAGGAAGAAGAAUGAACAAAAUAGACGUUAAAGUAUUAGAUGGAGAUAAACUAAAAUUAUUCUCGGGAAGUCCGGAAGUUUUGGAAAUACCGCGGAAUAAUCUGCUAUUACAAACAACGUCUAAUAUGACCCCAGUGAAUAUAAUACAAACACGAAACCUCAGGAUAACUUUGGAAACGAUUUUGGGUAACGCUAAGAAAUUAGCUGACAGCUUAAAGGCGCAAAUAACAAUAGUUCAAGAAAGAGAAGGAAGAUUAAAGGACGCCAUCGUCAAUGGAAGGUUUGGAAUAACGACCCUCACGGUUUCGACGCUAAGGAAACUACCAAAGAACUACAUAAUUCGCGAUGGGUACUGGACUCUAUGCAAUGGUAUUUUGCAACACCCAACAACGCAAGACGUUACUGCAGCGGCCUUCAGCGAGUUAUACGCUGUUCCUAGAUGCAUAGGACAAGAGGUAACAUCAAAGCCGGAUCCUUGCGUAUUCAAUUCUGUCAUCAAAUACGAUACAAUACCAGCUCAAAAGAGACCGGAAUAUUCUGAAGACGAGUAUCUAUGCCUUAAACCGACGUUCAAUUCAACAUUAGAACAAUACUUCAGUGUAACAAAACGUGUUGUCAAUCAAACAUGUAAAAACGGUAUCAUAAGGAGUAUGGCUGAUAAUGUACUGGAGUGUGGGAUACGAGUGUUAUCAGAUUACACGUAUUAUCCGAACAAAGAGGUGACUUCGUAUCUACCGUUGGAAUACUGCGAAGGAACUCAAAGUUCCUGUAAUCUCAUCGUCGCCUGGCAUCUCUCGAAUUCGAGUGUUGAAAAUUUCGAAUUCAUAAAGGACGAUUUAAACUUUAAAAAUUACUUCAUGAAACCAGCUACGUUCCUAAAUAAUGCGUUAUAUUAA